AUCCCACAACUCCUAUUUUGAAAUCUAGACUUGUAGACAUUUGUCUCAUUUAAUUUCUUUGAAGUGUUUUGGCAGUUUCCAGAUGUAUUUCAGUGAGGCUUGCUAAAGUGCAACAAGUAGGAAACCAUGAAAACAGAGAGUGCUGAUCAAACACUGGUCACAAAUUAUCUUCUCAAUACCUGAAAGCCACUGCAGGUCACUAAAAGAUGACAAUAAAAAUGUUCUUCCCCAUGUCCUGAUAUGAGAAAAGGUGAUGCUGCCAAUGCAUCCCAGACAGGCUGCAUGCACUAAAAAAAUUACAAGCCAACCCUUUCCUGCCUAUUUAUAUCUGAGGUUUUAAGAACACUAUUCAACAGUCACUAAGACAACUGAUGCUGAGCCAGACCCAAAACAUCCUCCAGGCUCAAAAUCCUGUCUUUUAACACCUCAUGGUCACUGCAGAGCACCUGGAAAAAUAAUUUAUAGCACGUAUACAAUACUGGGAAUGUUCCAACCCAUGGAAAAAUAGAAAGACACCUAUUUUUAAGAAGGGCUCUUGAUAUUUUUUACAUGCCCUGCUUUGUAUCGAGUUUUUGUCAUGUUAAGAAAAGGGCCUUGCAUGGUAUUUAUUCAAGAGGCUUUUCCUUUUCUAGACCUCAAGCACUUCAACCAGCGCACUGGAAAAAAAUGCAGUUGCGAAGGCUGGUCAGUGCAGUGCGUGUGGGAUCACUUCAGGAACAGGAAAAUUAAAUCCACUGGAUGGCCUCACACACUUAGAAAUGGCAGGGACAAACACUACUUUUCUGUUCUAAAAUAUCUCAGUGCAGAGGAUAAUUUGAACUUUAAAGUCACAUGAUGAAACCAUAGGUUUGCUAAACAUGCAACGUGUAUGGUUUGAAUGACUUCAACCAAGUUCCUGUUUCCUUUUUACAGAACUGAAUGUUUUUUUAGUCAGCAAGCGCCUGGAUUUUUCAUCGUGAUGUACAGCAGCUAAAGAAGUCAUUCUAAUCUAUACACUCUGCUUUCUACAGAAAUAAAAAGGGUUGUAAGCUCCAAACAACAAUUAUAUUUCAUCUGGCAUUUUACAGUGAAAGUCUCAGCCUGUUGUAUCUGUGGAGCAUUCUCUUGAAAAGUUUCAAACUCCUUUGAACAGGAAAGCAGAAGGAAGGAUGACUUCUCACAACAUGACAUGGAUCAGCUACCCAAGUAAGAACCUGGCUUUCACCUCCCCAGAAGAAAUCGAAGACAUCAUAGCUUCUCAAAACAUCAUAUCCAGACUCAUGCACUGCUACAUCGCCUUUUUUGUGCCCACAGGAUUAAUAGCUGGCAUUUGUAUUUUGGUUGUUCUCAUAAAGAAUUAUGUGCAGCACAAAGUCAUAGAAAACUUGGACUUGCUUCUACUACACUUCACCAUCAGCAAUAUUAUAAUGAUUCUUUUAUCGUUCACUGUCAUUACUAGACCCGACUAUUUAACAGCAACCCACCUCACCUGUAAUGUACUGUCAUUCUUUUUCAACUUCAGUUACUUCAAUUCUCAGUAUGUUUUCGUUUUGAUGCUUCUCAUACUGUUACUCAAGAGAUUUCCACCACGGACUGCUCUCUGCAAAGCCACCCAGAGACCCAUCCUGUGUGUUGGAAUUGUUCUCACAUACACCUUCUGUUUGUCCCUGACUGAGGCGGUGCUGGUUGGCACUGAUAACUAUCACCUGGAAACAGACUGCCAGUUAGAUCCAUUGUUUGCAUGGCCUGAAUACGAGAUCGUUAAAUUCACAUUUGGGUUUGGAAUCCCAUUGUUCCUUCAGAUACUCUGUUUUACUGUUCUCUUGGCUAAAGCAGCACCUGCUGAAGCUCCAGCCUUACAACAGCACAUCCGUACCUCCCCCGCCGUGUAUGUGAUCAGCGUAACAAUGUUUAUGUGCCGCCUGUUUUAUAACCUCAUGCUUCUCUUCAGGACAACACUGAAAUUCCAGAAGAGCACUGGAACCACGAAGAACGAGCUUGUGAUGAAUAUUGCAGAAAUAGUGCUGUUCUGUGAGAGCUGUGCUAGUUUGGUGUUUAUACUUUGUCUUCAUAAGCCAUGCAAGGAUGAAAUACUCAAAGUCAUACAGAACUGCCGAAGGAAAACCACUGCCAACAACCACCAUGAAAUACCAGAAACAAACGUGCCCCAUGAAAGCGGGUCUCAGUAACACUGUUCUGAACAGCUGUCAACCCACUUUACUUUUCAGCUUGUUUGUGGGUUUUGGUUUGGUUUUUCACUUCUUUAAAAAAGGGUGAUUGUUCCUUCUUUAGAACCCAAACUUGGCCCAUCUUACAGCUAGCAGUACUGGAAGAAAAAAAGAUCUUUAAUUCUAGUAUUUAGAGUGAUCUUUGAGAGCACAUGUAGGGUCUGGGGUUGUUUGGGAGUUUUUUUAAUGUAUAUAUACACAUAUAUAUUAAAAUCGUCUAUUUUCUCCAACUGUUACUUCAAAGCCAAGUAGGAAGAUGAGUACUGCUGCCAUAGAACUGUGCUUGUGCAAUAAUAUCAAUGCCCUAGCAAAGCUGCAAACAAAAACAUGGCAGAAAGCAACUCUGAACAAAAGCAAAAAUCCUCAAAGCAUUCUCUCAGGUAUGCUUCCUCUUUUGACUUCUUACCCUACAAACUAUUUUUAUAACACUGGUAAAUCCCAGUAGCAGCAGCAGUGAAGUUUCUGUCUGACUUCUUGUGCCAAAAAAAAAAUAAAAAAUUCAAAUUAAUGGAAAUUCUGGUCCAUAAAGAAAAGCUUUGGGUCCUUUGUGAGGCAUUGAACUGGAAAGAUCAACAGGAUGGCUAAUUAAAACUUUGUGCAAGAAUGAAAGCUUUUUGUUAAUGACCUCUCAGCUUCCACUUUGCAUUUAGACUUAGGGCAAUUAUUGAUUUAAGCCAUUCCUGAUGAGUUCAUUCAGAAGUAUGCCUUGGAAGAGUCACAUUCAACAAUACACUAAAUAAAAACCAGAGAAAUGCCAGUCCAGAACAGUGUAAUUGAAGUGUGUUUUUAAGAGGGCAAACAAAAGCAGAGCCUCAGGUCCUAAAUGAAAUCAAAGCUCUACUGGAAAAAAGACAGAAGGAUUGUACAUGUAGAUGAGAGUUGAUGGGUCAAUGGUGCAAGAAGGGGAAAGAAUCUGAAUCAGAAUUAAACAGCUGUGGUACAGGAGGUGGGAUGCAGCCCUGCAGAAUCAGUAGCUGAUGCAGCUGAGAGGUAGGUGCAAAGCUGUGAACGCUUACUUUGAGCACAUUGUCACUGUCACCAAAUCUGGCCAGGAGCCACCUUACACCUUUGGCUUCGGUUUCAGCUUUUCCUCUCAUAGAGGUGGAGAGAAUGGAAACAGGAAAAGCACAAAAUUGUACUAGAUCUUGGAUAAUGACGUCAGCUUAGAUCACAAAGUUAUAAAAAUAUGGUGCUGCGAUGAGGACGGCUCAAGCAACCUGAAGAGUUUUGAGAAAACUCAUUUUUAUGCUUAAAUCCGUUCCUUUGCGUGACACUCGGGUGCUAAUGGAACUGACAGGGGUUUUGCAGUUGUAUCCUUUGAAAGGUCUUCCUGAUGGGGUCCAGAUUUGCGUGGGGAGCUGGUGCAGAUCAGCACAGGCUGCCUAAGAGAGAAAAGCAGGAACUGAUCGAUGAAGAUGAACAUCUUCCACAAAACUACAGCCAAGUGCAGAAAUGGAAGAAUAAAGGACAUUUGUUCAAUAAUAAUACAGAAUAUAGAUUUAGUAUCUAGAGAUACAGAUCUAGUCUUAGUCAUCCAAGUCCUGAAAUGUAUAGACCAUGACUGUAUCACAUGCAAAUAAAGGGCAAUAUGUAGUUUCACUGUGUUUGUAAGGACCAACAUUUCUGCAAGAUGUAAAAGUCAACUGCUAAGAUGUCUGCAUUGCAUUGUGUCAGCCUGUUUUCCUGUUCAAUUUUGUUCUGCUGCCAGCACGAACAGAUGGAUAAUUAAAAAACUCUGCAUAUAAACAGAUCAUUAUAGAAUGUGGUCAGAAAGGAAGUAGGUAGAUAAGAAUCAUCUCUUGGAAUACAAGAGCCAAAUUCAUACUUGUGAAAGGAUUCUCAGAUGGCAUCAGAGGUUUUGUUUUGCACCUGAGAAGAGGGAGAUUAAACAACAUGGAUCAAAGAUCAGCCCUGCAGAAAGAAGUUUGAAGAGAUGAAUUGUAAGAGCUGUACAUCAGUGGAAAAGCUGACAGACUAAGUGAAGGAGAAUGUCAGAAGAUGCAAGCUGUUUAUCCCUCAGUGUCAUGGUUUCAGCUGUGCCGUGGAUAAGAGGUCUAUUUUCUAGUAUUGGAAUUAUGCACAAAUAAUUCUACUUUAUUUACAGCUUCCAUCUCUUUUAUAUUUAAGGAUGAAAGAAUAAAUACUGUGCUGUUUCUGA